CGGCUCGAGAGAGGGAGGCUGCGGCACCGGGAUCCCCGGAGCGACCCUCGGCAUCCGCCCGCCGCGCUGAGGCCCGGACGGGACUCAGCGGCCUCCGGGCCCGUCCCGGUCGGGCCCGCAUCGACCCCCAGUCCUCGCGCGCGCCCCGGAACGGAGCAGGGAGCUGGACCCCAGACGUCGAGACCCCUGGCGCCUGGAGGUGCGCGGGAGGUCUGCCUGGAACUGGCCCAGGUGAGGGCAGCAGACCUACUUCUGGUGGUGGUAGUGUGGCGGUGGCCGCAGCGGGAGCCAGGACUGAGGGCAAGGGGGAGCCAGGAGCCCCAGCCGUACUGCAGUCCCCAGCAUGGCACCGUUCCUGCGUAUCGCCUUCACCUCCUAUGAGCUCGGCUCCCUGCAGGCUGCGGACGAGGCCAGCCAGCCCUUCUGUGCCGUGAAGAUGAAGGAGGCACUUAGCACAGAGCGCGGGAAGACACUGGUGCAGAAGAAGCCCACCAUGUAUCCCGAGUGGAAGUCCACAUUCGAUGCCCACAUCUACGAGGGCCGCGUCAUCCAGAUUGUGCUGAUGCGAGCAGCCGAAGAGCCGAUGUCUGAGGUGACAGUGGGUGUGUCGGUACUGGCCGAGCGCUGCAAGAAGAACAACGGCAAGGCCGAGUUCUGGCUGGACCUGCAACCCCAGGCCAAGGUGUUGAUGUCUGUGCAGUAUUUCCUGGAAGACAUAGAUUGCAAACAGUCUAUGCGGGGUGAAGACGAGGCCAAGUUCCCAACAAUGAACCGCCGUGGAGCCAUCAAGCAGGCCAAGAUCCACUACAUCAAGAACCAUGAGUUUAUUGCCACCUUCUUCAGACAGCCCACCUUCUGUUCUGUAUGCAAAGACUUUGUUUGGGGUCUCAACAAGCAAGGCUACAAAUGCAGGCAAUGCAACGCUGCCAUCCACAAGAAAUGCAUCGACAAGAUCAUCGGCCGGUGCACCGGCACCGCAGCCAACAGCCGGGACACCAUAUUCCAGAAAGAACGUUUCAACAUCGACAUGCCGCACCGAUUCAAGGUUUACAACUACAUGAGCCCCACCUUCUGUGACCACUGUGGCAGCCUGCUGUGGGGGCUGGUGAAGCAGGGACUAAAAUGUGAAGACUGUGGCAUGAAUGUGCACCAUAAGUGCCAGAAGAAGGUGGCCAACCUCUGUGGCAUUAACCAGAAGCUCUUGGCUGAGGCAUUGAACCAAGUGAGCCAGAGACCCUUCCGGAAGUCAGAAACAGAGCCUGUUGGGAUCUACCAGAAUUUUGAGAAGAAGCCAGAAAUCUCUGGAGAAAUUGUCCCAGACAAUGGGACCUACGGCAAGAUCUGGGAGGGCAGCACCAGGUGCAACAUUGAGAACUUCACCUUCCACAAGGUCCUGGGCAAAGGCAGCUUUGGGAAGGUGCUGCUUGCAGAGCUGAAGGGCAGGAAGGAGUUCUUUGCGGUCAAGGCCCUCAAGAAGGACGUGGUUCUGAUCGAUGAUGAUGUGGAGUGCACCAUGGUGGAGAAGCGGGUGCUGGCACUCGCCUGGGAGAAUCCCUUUCUCACCCACCUCUUCUGUACAUUCCAGACCAAGGACCACUUGUUCUUCGUGAUGGAGUUCCUCAACGGGGGGGACCUGAUGUACCACAUCCAGGACAAAGGCCGCUUCGAGCUCUACCGUGCUACGUUUUAUGCAGCCGAGAUCGUCUGUGGACUACAGUUUCUACACAACAAAGGGAUCAUUUACAGGGACCUCAAGCUGGACAACGUGAUGCUGGACCAGGAUGGCCACAUCAAGAUCGCCGACUUUGGGAUGUGCAAGGAGAACAUCUUCGGGGAGAAACAGGCCAGCACCUUCUGUGGCACCCCUGACUAUAUCGCCCCCGAAAUCCUGCAGGGCCUGAAGUACUCAUUCUCCGUGGAUUGGUGGUCCUUUGGAGUCCUUCUCUAUGAGAUGCUCAUUGGUCAGUCCCCCUUCCAUGGUGACGAUGAGGACGAACUGUUUGAGUCCAUCCGUGUGGACACACCACAUUAUCCCCGCUGGAUCACCAAGGAGUCCAAGGAUAUUCUGGAGAAGCUGCUUGAAAGGGAUACAACCAAGAGGCUGGGAGUGACAGGGAACAUCAAAAUCCACCCCUUCUUCAAGACCAUCAACUGGACUCUUCUGGAGAAACGAGCCGUGGAACCGCCCUUCAAGCCCAAAGUGAAGUCCCCUGGAGACUACAGCAACUUUGACCAGGAGUUCCUGAACGAGAAGGCACGCCUCUCCUACACCGACAAGAACCUCAUCGACUCCAUGGACCAAACUGCAUUUGCUGGCUUCUCCUUCGUGAACCCCAAAUUUGAGAGACUCCUGGAAAAGUGAGACUUCCAGACAUGCCCCCCAACCCUCCCCAGCUGAGGAGCCUGCGUCAGCCAGCACGGCCUGCCCAUCCAGCCCGAGGCAGAGCAGACUGGGCGUCCCCCUUCAUCGGUACCUGCCCGCCCCCCCCCCAACAAUGAGCAACAGUGUGAUUGUCUGAUUUCUGCUGCUGCCACCCCCUUACCUCCAGGAGGGGCCUCAGCUCCUGUCUGGCUGGGCUCUUAUGGUACUUCUGUGAACUAUGUGUGAAUUUGCUUUUCCUCUGCCAUCAGAGGGAAAUUGUAAAUCUUGUGUUUCAUUACUUGAAUGUAGUUAUCUAUUGAAAAAAUAUAUUAUACACACACACACACAUAUAUAUAUAUAAUAGGCUGUAUAUAUUGCUCAAUAUAGAAGAAAUAUGAGGGACUGGUGAUCUAUUGAUUUUUUAAAAUAUAUAUGUAUAUAUAUACACAUAUAUACACAGAUACGUAUAUGUGACCGCAAAAAACAAAAAAGAGCACAAGCUGUUUGAACCACCAGGUUCUUUUAUCUGUGUGUCUGAAUAAACACCAAAUGGUACCGAC